AUUCUAACAAAUGUCAAACAAGCUCGUCAACGCGUGCCACGGAAUAGAAGCGAGAAUUAUAAUUUUAUUAAGUAGAUUACAAAACAAUUACUUAUAGUUUGUUGUGGUUAAUGUUGAUGAUAUAUUAAACAUGGUUAGAAGCGGGCGUGAUCGCGAGAGAGAUCGUGAUCGUAGAAGAUCCCACAGUCGAUCAGCAACGCCCGAACGUAAAAGAAGGAGGUCUAGGUCUCGAUCUCGAGAUAGGGUAUCAAAAUCAACGAAGAGGAAGCGUAGUCGUAGCAGGGAAAGGGAAUCAAAGCGCGAACGUAGCAGGGAUCGAAGCAGAGAACGUGAAAGAGAUCGAGACCGCGAGAGGGACCGGGACCGUGACAGGGACAGGGAUAGAAAGAGUGAUAAACGGGAGGACAAAAGAAAUGGUUCUGGCAGUAAAUCAUCCAGGAAGAAGUCUCCAGACAAGGAAAAGGAGAGGUCAAAGUCCAAAGAGAAGGCUCUCAAGUCUGAAUCUUCUGAAUAUGACCCAGGCACUGUUGAUAAAGAAGAAGAACAGAGCCGUCUGGAAGCUGAAAUGCAGAAGCGGCGUGACCGUAUUGAGCGCUGGCGUGCCGAGCGCAAGCGUAAAGAACUGGAAUCUGCCAAGAAAGAGGUGCAGAAAGGUAGCAUAGUGACCAACAUACAAGUUCCAACAUCCAAGAAGUGGUCUCUAGAAGAUGACUCCGGAGAUGAAGGUGAAGAAGGGGCAGGUGAAGCCAAAGAGAAACCUGUGAUUGAGGAAAAGCCAGAAGAGGAAGAAGACGAGAUUGAUCCUCUAGAUGCAUACAUGCAGGAAGUACAACAGGAAGUACGCAAAGUGAAUCAAAUGGACCAAGCACGAGGCGUUAUCAAUGUACCGACUACUACCGGUGGAACUGUCGUAGUUCUAACAGGAACAGCAAAGAAAAAAGUCACAGAACAAAAGAAUAAAGGUGAACUAAUAGAACAAAACCAAGACGGGUUAGAAUAUUCAUCAGAAGAGGAAACGGAAGAUAUUAAAGACGCUGCUGCGAACCUGGCUUCGAAGCAAAGGAAAGAUCUGGCUAAAGUUGAUCACGCCAGUUUAGACUACAUGCCUUAUAGAAAGGCUUUCUAUACAGAGGUAAGUGAGUUAUCAAGAAUGACUCCAGAAGAAGUGGAAGCAUACAGAACAGAAUUAGAAGGUAUAAGAGUGAAGGGUAAAGGCUGCCCAAAACCGAUUCGAACUUGGGCCCACUGCGGUAUUAGUAAGAAGGAAAUGGAUAUAUUGAGGAAACUGAACUUUGAGAAGCCCACACCUAUACAGGCACAGGCCAUCCCUGCUAUUAUGUCUGGAAGGGACCUCAUUGGUAUAGCAAAGACAGGCUCAGGCAAGACCUUAGCAUUCAUACUCCCAAUGUUCCGCCACGUUCUUGAUCAGCCACCGUUAGAAGACACGGAUGGACCCAUCGCCCUUAUCAUGACUCCUACGAGAGAGCUCUGCAUGCAGAUCGGUAAAGACAUCAAAAAGUUCGCCAAGUCGUUAGGACUGAGGGUAGUCUGUGUUUAUGGUGGUACUGGGAUCUCUGAACAGAUUGCUGAAUUAAAACGUGGUGCUGAAAUGAUUGUAUGUACUCCCGGCCGUAUGAUCGACAUGUUGGCGGCGAACUCUGGUCGCGUGACUAACUUGCGACGAGUGACUUACAUAGUACUAGAUGAAGCUGAUAGGAUGUUUGACAUGGGCUUUGAGCCUCAAGUAAUGAAAAUCAUAGACAAUGUAAGGCCAGACAGACAGACUGUGAUGUUCAGUGCCACUUUCCCCCUACAAAUGGAAGCUCUCGCAAGAAGGAUAUUACAGAAGCCCAUCGAAGUCCAGGUCGGCGGCAGAAGCGUGGUAUGCAAAGACGUAGAACAACACGUAGCUAUACUCGAAGAGGAGGCCAAAUUCUUCAAGCUAUUGGAACUCCUUGGACUGUACAGCCAGCACGGAAGCAUCAUAGUCUUCGUGGACAAGCAGGAGAACGCUGACAGCCUGCUCAAAGACCUCAUGAAGGCGUCGUACUCUUGCAUGAGCUUGCAUGGAGGGAUUGAUCAAUUCGACAGGGACUCGACGAUCGUGGACUUUAAGUCCGGUAAGGUGAAACUGUUGGUGGCGACCAGCGUAGCCGCCAGGGGUCUCGACGUGAAGCAACUCGUGCUGGUUGUGAACUACGACUGCCCGAAUCAUUAUGAAGAUUAUGUGCAUCGAUGUGGUCGAACGGGGCGCGCGGGCAACAAAGGCUACGCGUGGACGUUCCUGACGCCAGAGCAGGGGCGCUACGCGGGCGACGUGCUACGCGCCUUCGAGCUGGCGGGAGCCAACCCUCCGCCUGAGCUACGAGCACUUUGGGAGCGCUACAAGCUCGCGCAGGAAAAGGAUGGGAAGAAAGUGCAUACUGGUGGAGGUUUUAGUGGGAAAGGUUUCAAGUUUGACGAAUCGGAAGCUCAAGCGGCGACUGAGAAGAAGAAGUAUCAGAAGGCGGCGCUUGGUCUGCAGGACUCUGACGACGAGGACGUUGAGGGCGACCUUGACCAGCAGAUAGAGGUCAUGUUAGCUGCCAAGAAGAUCGUUAAGGAGAUCAAGCCGGGCGUGGGCACGGGCGCGGGCGCGGCGGGCGGCGCGGCGGGCGCGGGCGGCGCGGACGGCAAGCUGGAGCUGGCGCGGCGCCUGGCCUCGCGCAUCAACCUCGCCAAGGGGCUCGGCGCAGAGCACAAGGGCGCCACGCAGCAGGCCGCAGAGGCCAUACUCAAGGGGGCGCCCUCAGCUCACACACUCAUCACGGCCAAAACCGUAGCGGAGCAGUUGGCAGCGAAGCUAAACACCCGGUUGAACUACCAGCCGCGCGACGAGAGCGCGUCGGAGCCGGCUGAGGAAGUGUUCAGGAAGUACGAGACCGAGCUGGAGAUCAAUGACUUCCCGCAGCAGGCGCGCUGGAGGGUCACCAGCAAGGAGGCGCUAGCUCUUAUCAGCGAGUACUCCGAGGCUGGUAUCACUGUCCGAGGUACCUACGUCCCGCCGGGCAAGACCCCACCCGAAGGCGAAAGGAAACUCUACCUAGCCAUCGAAAGCUCGCAAGAACUAGCCGUGGCCAAGGCCAAGUCGGAAAUAACCCGCCUCAUCAAGGAAGAACUCCUCAAGCUUCAGACAUCAGCCCAUCACAUGAUAAACAAGGCUAGAUACAAAGUGUUGUAAAUGUAAGGAAUAUAACUACAGCAUGUUGAA